AUGAGUGCGUGCUGCGACGACGGCGGCGACCACCACGAGCACGCGCGUGGCCACGUCGAGGGCUAUGACAUCGAGGGCGACGACCCGACGCUUUCGGCGUGCUGCCUCAAGGACAAGCAGGAGCAGGCGUACGUCGCGCGCGUCAUGACCGUCCUCCGCCGCGAAGACGUGACCAUGCAGCGCCUCGAGCAGCGCCACUUGUCCCUGGACAAUGCACUUCCGCGGGCCGCGCCCGCCGUCGCCUUGACGUCGAUCGACGAUGACGACGACCUUGACAGUGACGACGACGAGUACGCCUACUUGAUGGACGACGAAAGCAUCGUCGGCGGCUUGGAGCACCAGCGCCGCGCGGCGCUGCUCGCCAAGGCGGCUCUGCGCGAGCAAGGGCUCGGCAUCGUCUGGGGUGACACCGAGUUCAAGGCGUAUGUGCGCAACGUCCUAGCACGCGACACGCAGGCGCUGGUCACGGCAAAGCACUUGCGACCGAUCGUCGUCGCCCGUUCCGACGUCGCGACGCAGCCGCUCGUGGCCGCGGCGCUUCUUCAGGGCGCCGAGCGCUUCCUUGGCACGUGCUUCUUUGGCGUCUCGGCCAACGCAGACGAAGCCUUUCGCCGGCUCUGCCCUCGGGUCGCGACGGGCCCGAUGCUACUCGCGCUCUCGAGCAGCGGCGAGUACAUUGCCCAUCGGUCGCUCGCCAUCUUUGACGAAGAUGACUGGGACCGCACGCUGCUGCCGUGGCUCGAGAAAUGCAACGUUCUGCGCACCGACUUUGUCGCACCGACGAGCGCCAAGCCGACGCCGCCAACAAAGACAUCGACCAACGAAAACGACGACGACGAGAACGACGACGACGGGCCGACGGGCUACGAUUGCGGCCACGACGGCUGCCGACUCAAGUUUGGCUACUACCACGAACACGUCGGCACCUCCAAGGAGACGAAGCAAGCGAUGGCGGCGUGGCGUCAGUAA